CGGGGAUCUCGCGAGACUUCGGCCAGCCGCUCUUCCUGCUGGAGGUCACCAUGUCGGAGAAGGAGCUCGGAAGAAAGUGGGACCGCUGCCUGGCGGACGCCGCCGUCAAAUUCGGUGCCGGCCUUGGCUUGGGGAUCGUGUUUUCAGUCGUUUUCUUCAAAAGGAGGACGUGGCCCAUCGCUUUCUCCUCCGGGAUCGGGUUAGGAAUGGCGUAUUCCAACUGUCAGAGUGACUUCAAGUCCCCGUACCUUCUCCACGGGAAGUUUGUUAAAGAACAGUGACUUCUACGGAUGAGAUAACCGAAGCCCAGCAAGAAUCCCGGUUCCUUCAGGACCCCUUCGUCACGUUCUCGACGGCAGCCAACUUCUCUGGCUCUUCUGGGCACAACUUCAACUAUUUUUGUUUUAUAUUUAAUAUCGGAGUUGUUGGGACAAUAAAAAAAAAUGUAAAAAAA